ACGACGACGACGACGACGACGACUCACGCGGCUCACUCUGGCAUCUCGGGCAUUCAUCCUCACAAGUCUCGUCUUGGCAACAACAACAAUUCAUCGCAUCAUAUCUACAUCUUUCGACCUUAACGCAUCUGUCCCCACUCCCCACCUCGCACAAUGGCGUCCUGGUCCUUCGAAACGCCCAUCGAGUACUACAUCUCGACCACCACCCCAGAGUCGCUUGCUGGGCCAUCAAAGAAGCGUGUGCCCGAGCAGCAGCAGCAGAGACGGCCACGAAACCGCUCGGACGCCGUUCCUCCACCACCACUUUCUCCGAUUUCAGUACUGUCGCCCACGCCCGAUUGUCUCGCCAAUCGGAAUGACGGCCUCCUUGGGCCGAGGGCCAUGCGUGUGUCUGCGUCAAUGAGGGCACCGUCGGCUACGAAGAAGUCGAUGAAGUCGAGGCGAUCGUACGGGAACCUAACACUGGCCAAGCUGGCUGCAGCAGUCUCCACGCGCGAAGAAAGGGAGCUACCUGAGCAGUGGAUUCCUGGGCGUGUAGCAGUGACGUUGAACGGCGGUGGAGGAAGGGAUGGCGGCGAGCUGCGGCUGUUCCGUGUCGGAAGGAGAAAGAUCGCCUUUACCUACCUCAUCCCGUCCAUCGACGCCGAGGAAGGAUGGACCACGUCGGAUGUCCAGCACAUUCACCCGUCAAUAGCGGGCAGGACCCAUGCUCUGUCCCUUCGAUUGGUGACUGUGCGCCCUCGACUAGACGAGGGUGUCAACCCCCCACCGCCAGUGCCUCAGAUUCUCAACGAGCUGUCCAGGAGCAUGCAAGAGAAGGCUAUUCUUGCGUCACCCCCACCGUUUCCGUUCCUCAACUCGGCCCCCUUCGCUACCCACGGUCCCAAGCCAGUACGCCUACCCAGUGAUGGCCUGCCGCCCAGAGUGCCGAUUCAACGGAGCCACAGCAAGACGUCCUCCUCGCCUGGCCAGAUGGAGUCGUUGCCACCCUCAAGAAUGUUGCCCCACCGUUACCAAGGCGACGUCGAGGAAACAGAGACAUUCGUGUACCUGUCAUUCCGAUCCAAACUGGAGCGAGAUGAGUGGUUUGUCAUUUUCCGGUCGCUUGCCAAGCUCCCCAACGAAGGGCGAAGAGCAACGCGCACCCACCGCCGCUUAAAGAUCGGAGUCAUGGACCUGCAGGAGUCACAGGCCAAGCCGCAGAAGAAACGGACCGAACCGCUGGAUGACAUCUCCAACCGCCCCGAGGAGUGCUCGGCUUCAGAGUACACGGUUGAAGUCCCCAUUGGGCUGCAAUCGCCAGGGAGGAGUAGCAAGGUGUCUGACGUCGACGCCCUCGGGAAACAGGCGGCAAUCCGCCCGGGGUGGUCAUGGCGUCACCGAAUGAGAGUGGAACUACUCCUCGACGACCAUAUCUAUGCGCGGACCGGCUGGAGCAAGGCCCCGAAUUCCAACAGCACACCGUACUGGGGCGAACAGUUUGGUUUCACCGAGGCGCCAUCAUUCUUCACGUGCACGCUCCUGCUUCUCCGAAGUAAAGGGGACAAGCGGUCAGAGCCCUUUGCACGGGUAGAUCUGCCACUGGUAUCGAACUUUGCCAAGGUGGCAGACGAGCGGUUUCCAAUUCGAUCCCUCAGCGGCCGGGUGAUAGGGGAGAUGCGGCUCAGCGUCUCGUUCCAGGAAAUCGACAUCCUCCCUCUCGACGAGUACCGAGCAUUGGUAGGCUCUGAUAGUUCGGACGCCACAGAGUCGAUACUGAGGGGUCAGGAUCUUGCACACUCAAAUGCGGGUUCUCAAUUCCUCCACGUCAUGGCCGGUCGAGGUCUCAUGGAAGGGACGAUGGACCACCUGUGUCGAAUCGCGUUGUGUGAAGGUGUACUCAUGCCGAGAGUGCUCGAUACCUGCCGUCUGGAGGCGCGGACUCCCGGGAAUACUCUGUUCAGGAGCAACACGCCAUUGUCCAAGACGCUAGAAGUGCUGAUGAGGAUGAUGUGUGAGGAGUUCCUUGACGUGUCGAUUGGUCCUACGAUCAGGAGGGUUGUCAAUGAGCGUAUCGCAACCUCGUCGUUCGUGUCGGGGCCUACAGGUGACUCGUCGACUAACCGACAAUCGGUGCGGGGGCUCUCCGACCUCGUCGAGUCAUGUUGGAGGGACAUGUAUGAGAACCGCAAUCUCUUCCCAGACUUCAUCCGCCACGUCCUGGCGUACAUCUUCCGCACUGUCAAAGAGUUCCACGACUACAACAACGACCUGCUGAGAUACAAGGCUGUGUCGUCCUUUGUCUUCCUUCGACUCAUCGGUCCCGCGUUAAUGAGCCCGCACUUGUUUGGCCUGGCAGACGGCCUCCUGCCCCUCGAGGUGCAGCGCACGCUCACUCUCGUCGCCAAGGUCCUGCACGCGCUCGCCUUCUUUUCGGACAAUGAGAACAGUCGGCACCCCGACCUUGUGGUGUUUAAGCCCUUCAUUCGCCGGAAUGCCGACGCAAUGAUCGACUACCUCACAUCGCUGGUAACAGCACCGAGCGAAAUCGAGAGCUUUGUGGCGCAGCGCAAGCUCCACCUCGACGAGUUUGAAGCCGAGGCCAUCCCCUAUGUCACCGAGGCCGGCCCGGUGGACAUGGGCGCCGAGUGGGCAAUGUGCGCCGAGUUGUGGUACGAACGGCGCCAGCAGCCUGGCACCGGCCUCACAUCCCCAAAGCUUGGGACUGAGGAUAUCAACUCGCUCAUUGAGAAGUACGACGACUUCCUCGACCGCAUCCACGACCUUGCGACGCCGUCAACGUACGAGCUCGAGACGAUUGAGAGCCGCAGCGGGACACCACUGCCAUCUGCCCGUCCAUCACUGGAGAGAAGCUUGACCCCGGCGGCAGGCUACCAGCCCUUCACGCGGACCAUGUCGACCACGUCGUCAGAAGAGUCGUACGGAAUGGCAAUCUUGUCGUCUGCGCGCAAGUGGCUGGGUUUCUCCCGUGGCGGCGAUGGCAGCAACGGCGCCGGUGGCAGCAGCUCUCGCGCUGGGCCUCCCGAGUCGAUCCACGUUCCGCCGCGAGCUACAUUCUCGCCCCAAGUCUCAUCCCCCCGCCCCAUCUCGGACUUUACGGACCGUGAACGCGCCAUGUCGCCCAUGCUCGAGCGGCAAAUCUCGCGACCAAGCACGCCGCCCAGCAGACCCAUGACGCCAGCUGAGCCGAGCGUCUUCUCGCAGACGCCCUCCUCCCCCAUCCCCGUCUACAGCGAGGUGGGUAUGUCGUCGCCCACGGCUGCAACCAAGUCGAUGCUGCCGCCAACGACACCAACGACCGGCCGCAAGCGUCGCCCAACGCUAAUCGCCUCCAAGCUCUUUGGGCGGACAGCCGAGCCCAUCCCGCCGCUGCCUAUUCCCCGCGUCGAGCGUCUCAACGACUUUCGAUAA